AUGCUGUCUAUCACACCUCAGGGAGACCACCACAGCCAGUCGCACUACCUCCCAUUCAGACCUCUGCCUUCCCCGAGCCGCCCUGUUACCGACCUGCCCUUCCUCAGCUCCCUCGCCAGCAGUAUGGGCCACAGCCUCCACGUCGGGAACACCUCGUCGGUGACGGCAGCCUCGGUCAAGGAUGCCUCCAGCGUUGCGCAAGCCCUCGAGAUUGCCAGAGAGAGCCCUGACGGUGCCUCGGACCCGACUGUCAGCUGCAUCCUGGAGAGCGCUAUCAGCCAGAUUUGGGCCAAGGUCGCCGCCCAGCCCGAGUCGUACGUUUUGAACCGCGACGAGUUCGCCGUCUUCAACUACUUCCAGCAUCGCUUCGCCGGCAACAAGAUCGCCAUGGCCGCACGGAAGCGCUACUGGGACAACGCCCGCGCGUGA